AUGGUAACCAAGACAAAUACCAUAUGUAUCUUUGGUUUGUUAUUGCUCAUGAUAAGCAUAAGCUACAUAUAUAAAGUGACUUUAAAAGAGAGAAAUACCUCGUUUGUUGAUAUUUUCUCAAAAGGAAGCACAAACCUAAAUAUGUUAGGUUCAAGCAACCCUCUAAAUCAAGGAAAUGGCAUCAUAUUUCUGGAGACCAUGGAUGUAUUGACACCAACUCAUUUAGUCACAUGCGCUGUUGAAUCAGCAGCCCGUGUAUACCCUGAUCGGCCUGUCAUUCUCUUCAUGAAAGGCUUGGCCAAUGUAACAUCAGAAGAUGAUCUAAAAAAAGUACAGGCACGUUUUCCAGCUCUCUCAUCAUUUAAUAAUGUCUACAUUUUCCCUUUGAAAAUAGAGGAAAUAUUUAAGGAUACACCUCUUUUCUCCUGGUAUUUAAAGGUUAAUACUAGUAUGGAAAGAUAUUGGACCCAUGUACUUGCAGAUGGCUGCAGGCUGGCACUGAUUUGGAAAUAUGGCGGCAUGUACUUUGACACUGACAUUGUCUCAAUUCAACCAGUUCCAGUUGUCAAUUUUUUGGCAGCCGAGUCCUCUAAGUAUUCAAGUAAUGGAGCUCUUGGCUUUUCUCCACAUCAUGAAUUCAUCUGGAAAUGCAUGGAAGACUUUGUCCGUAACUAUAAGGGAGAGGUGUGGGGACAGCAAGGACCUUUAUUAUUAACAAGAAUUCUAGAACAGAUUUGUUUACAGCAUAGCUUUAUGGCUUUAGAGGAUAUUAUGUGUGGAAACAUCACUUUCAUGAAUCCUGUCAGAUUCUAUUCUGUAUCUGGUAAUAAUUGGAGGACUUUUUAUGAAGUUUGGAAGCCAGUGCCAAUAUUCAACAACUCAUAUGGCUCACAUUUUUGGAAUUACAUGAAUCAUGAGAAAGCAGCAAAGGUUGUGAUUCCUGGAAGUAACACUUUAGCAGAAUAUCUGUACAAACAUUAUUGUCCAAACAACUAUGAAGUUCUUAAGAGCAAAGAUUAAAAUAAAUGUAAUUGUUUGUAUGGGGUAAAUGAUCUAACUCAGCUUUCAGAGAGGCACUCAUUAAAUCAGUUGCCAGUUGACAUGGAACCCACAUUUGUUCUUACAUGAUUAAAAUAGAGCAUGCAAUAUUAAACAACUUUCUAAUUUACUUUUAUUAUCAAAUAGUCUUUAUUCUCUUGGUAUCUUUUGUUGAA